AUGAGCGGCUCACCAGACGUCGAAUCUGGAUCUGUUACACCCGAGUUAGUGCCCCAACCAGAAAAGAAGGUCGAGCUGGAUGUGGGCGGCGAAGAAGAACCCGGGGAAGAAGUUGCGGGGGACGACGGUGGGCCGAGCGUCGGAGUGGCGGGGAGCACCGUCGACAAGAUCCAGUUCCGGAAAGCCAUGGACUCCAUCAUGGUGGCCAGGACGGGGCGAGGACCGGCAGCCGUGAAGGCAGGCCAAGAUGCGGCCGAGGCCCAGAAGAAGAUGCUCAUCACCGCAGUCGUCAUCGUGGGAAUCCUUAUACUUAUACUGGCUCUCGGCGCCUUCGUAAUAAUCAAGAUUGCCGGAGAUGCUGAGACCACUACUCAAGCUACCCCUCUAUCUAAUUCCACAGUCCGCGGAAGAAUUCUCUUCAACGCCCUCAUUCCAGUUGCGGAAAACGAGGUGGGACGGAGGAGGAGGAGUCUUCUCAAAGCCCUCGGGAAAGACGAGAACUUCGACAUCUUCCGCGGCGACUACUGUGAGUGA